AUGGCCGAUCAGGAACCUUCCACUCCCAACAAGCCCAAGCGUGCCCCUCCAAAGCUAGGCAAGAAGUCCCCUGCCAAGCAAGAACAAACUCCUCCCCCUUCCGAACAAGGUCAACAAGAACAAGACCACGAAGAAUCCGAGAAGCCUCAAAUAGAAGACAAGGAGACUACCGAGAACCAAGAUCAAGACCAGGACCAAGACAAGGACCAGGAUCAGGAUCAGGAUCAGGAUCAAGAUCAACCCGAGCCGCGCAAGCAAGAGCCCGACUCAGACGACGAUCAAAAAGAAGACGAGGAUCAGCAAACAGAAGCUGAACCCGAGCCCGAACCUGAACCUCAACCAAAGGCUCAACCCGAACGCCGUCGCCGCAAGACCCGUCCUCCCCAGCGCGUCCAAGACUCAGACGUCGAAUCCAUUCCCCGUAACGACAUGGACGGUCAACCCGAGCAACGCCGCCAGCGCACCCGCCGCACCCGCCAGCCCCAGCAACAAGGCCAAGAGGGCGGACCCCUUGGUGGCCUGGGCGGUCUCGGUGGCGUCGACCAGGCAGGUCAACUGGUGCAAAACACCGCCGGCAAUGCACUAAACGGCGUCACCGGUUCAGCUGGUAAAGUGGUUGGUGGAGUUCUGGGUGGUGGACAGAAGGAGGAGAAGGAGGAUGGUGGUCGUGAUGAGCAGUUGCGGUUGAGACUGGAUUUGAAUCUGGAUAUUGAGAUUCAGUUGAAGGCUAAGAUUCAUGGUGAUCUUACCUUGGGCUUGUUGAAUUAA